GUGAGCGUGUACCUUCUUUAGGCAAAGAAGGUGACGUCAAGGUAAAAGACGUCUGUCCAUGGAAUGAACCAAACCGACUCUCUCUCUCUAUCUAUCAACACGUCUGAGAUCGCACACAGAGACACUCACUACACAAUAAUCGAUUCAGCUAGGGUUUUUCUGCUAUCGCUCAUCGCAAUUCCACGCAGCUUCAGCAAUGGAAAAUCUCUGCUUUAACGAUGGCAACAUCACUGACAUGAUCGACAGUCGAACUCUCUCCGCUCGCCAUCACCUCUACACCUUUGCAAGAAUCGCAGAGGAAAUAAUGAACUAGAAGGACAUUAACCACUCUUUGCAAAUGCACUCAUCGUUGAUACGAAGGCUUUCUCAGGAAAGAGAAUUGGAGGGGCAUACGGGUUGUGUUAAUGCUGUGGCUUGGAAUUCGAAAGGGUCACUUCUGAUAUCUGGUUCUGAUGAUACACGAAUUAACAUUUGGAGCUAUUCAAGUCAAAAGCUUUUGCACUCUAUUGAAACUGGGCAUGCUACCAACAUAUUCUGUACAAAAUUUGUUCCUGAAACUUCUGAUGAGUUAGUGGUCUCUGGAUCUGGAGAUGCUGAAGUUCGGGUUUUUAAUAUGUCUCGAUUAAAAGGGAGAGGAUCUGAAGAAAUUGCUAUAGCUCCAUCAGCGCUGUUUCAGUGUCACACUAGGAGAGUGAAAAAGUUGGCUGUGGAAGUUGGAAACCCUAAUGUAGUAUGGAGUGCAAGUGAAGAUGGGACUUUGAGGCAGCAUGACUUUCGGGAGGGUGCAUCUUGUCCACCAGCUGGAUCUUCUCAUCAAGAGUGCCGCAAUGUUUUACUUGACUUGCGGUGUGGAGCAAAGAAAUCAUUAGCUGAUCCUCCUAAGCAAUUGCUUGCUCUGAAAUCUUGUGAUAUCAGUUCCACCAGGCCUCAUUUGCUCCUCGUUGGUGGGAGUGAUUCGUUUGCUCGUUUAUAUGAUAGACGGAUGCUGCCUCCACUCUCAUCUUGUAGGAAAAAAUUGUCACCACCUCCUUGUGUUAACUAUUUCUGCCCGAUGCAUCUUUCUGAUCGUGGUCGUUCUAGCUUGCACCUAACUCACGUUACAUUUAGUCCAAAUGGAGAAGAGGUUCUUCUUAGUUACAGUGGAGAGCAUGUAUACCUAAUGGAUGUAAAUCAUGCUGGUGGAAGUGCAAUGCAAUAUACCUCGGGAGAUUCUUCAAAACUUGUGAGCUUUACUCCCAUGCUUAAUGGGGUAGAAUUGCAAUCACCAGUUUACAGUGUCCUCUCGGAUGGUUUUCCUUCGAAUAGCAAUGUUGCUGCCAGGCUUAACAAGUGCAGAAAAUUGGUUCAAAUUGCGGAAAAUUCCUUGAAGGAGGAUACAAAUUAUUUCUAUGGAAUUGAGGCUUGCAAUGAAGUUUUGGACGGUCAUGGUUCUGAGAUUGGAUCAAUGCUAAUGCAUGAAUGUUUGUGUAUACACGCAGCCUUGUUACUCAAGCGGAAGUGGAAAAAUGAUGCUCAUAUGGCUAUAAGAGAUUGCCACAGAGCUAGGAGGAUUGAUUCUUCUUCGGUAAGGGCACUUCUUAUACAGUCAGAGGCGUUAUCGCAGCUUGGUAAACAUAAAGAAGCUCUAGACUUUGCUAUUGCGGCUCUAACUUUUGCUCCAUCUGAUUCUGAAGUUGCAGAAAGGGUGGAGAAUUUAAGAAAGCAUCUUGCUACAGCCGAAGCUGAGAAAGUUAGCAAGGCAACUGACGGAACACAUGUGUCAGAACCUCGAGCUGGAAGAGUACUGUCAUUGAGUGAAAUACUUUACCGUUCAGAGGCAAAUAGUGAUGCUUCACAAGAUGGUCCAAGGUCUGAAAGAGAAGAUUCUGAUUACGAUGAAGAGCUGGAGUUGGAUUUUGAAACGUCCAUAUCAGGUGAUGAAGGGCGUGAUGUUGAAUCCAACAUUCUUCAUGGGAGUUUGAAUUUGAGAAUUCAUAGAAGAGGUGAUUCAGCUACCGAGGCAAGUUGUGCAAAUGGCUCUUGUGGAUCAUCUAUAUCUCCAUCCCAAAAUGAUAGAACGAUUUAUCAGCCUGAGUCGGUGAUAGAUAUGAAGCAGAGAUAUGUUGGCCACUGUAAUGUAGGGACUGAUAUAAAACAGGCUAGUUUUCUCGGCCAGAGAGGUGAAUAUGUUGCUAGUGGAAGUGAUGAUGGUAGAUGGUUUAUCUGGGAAAAGAGAACUGGAAGACUAAUAAAAGUGCUUCAUGGAGAUGGAGUUGUUGUGAACUGUGUGCAGUGCCAUCCAUUUGAUUGCGUUGUUGCCACCAGUGGGAUUGAUAGCACUAUAAAGAUUUGGACUCCAAGUGCAUCUGUCCCAUCCAUUGUCAGUGGUGGAGCUACUGGACCAGAGACUGCAAAUGUGUUAGAUAUUAUGGAAACCAAUCAGCGCAGAUUAUGCCGUAAUCGUGAAGCAAUCUUGCCCUUUGAGCUAUUGGAGCGGUUUCGAAUGCACGAGUUUAGCGAAGGAACCCUACAUCCGUUUGAAUGUGCACAGAGCUAAUCUGGUCGUACUUAAUUGCACAGAUGCUCCUUGUGGACUUCAGAGGAUUAAUAGGCUUUUGUAUCGUAGUAGAAAAUUAUGGAGAAGCAUACAAGCAACUUGUUGAAGUUGGUGGUGGUAUUUGAUUGACCUUGUAAAUCUGUUUGGGGUUCUGAAAGCUGGAAGUGUAUUUUUUUUUGUCCUGUUAUUUUUCUGGUAAAUAAAUUGGAAGUUAUAUGAGGAAUUGAUUUUGUUUCGUGAUUAACUGUAGAAUCUUCUUACUAGGUUUUUUUUGUAGGUAAUAUUAAUUUAUUUUCGGCAUCUUUAUUAUUGUUAAUAGUUUCUUUUUCUUUUGAAAAUUUGUAAAGCAUUAUAGCUUGUUUGUAACUAUGAAAAGAUUUCUGUAUAGUUGAAGAUGUUCCUGAUAAAUGCUAUAUAUUCCAUUACUAGUACAACUGCUUCAACUA